AUGGAGCCUGCGGAGCUCACGGUUCCUGACACACUGCUCGCUGUGGACACUUCGUCGUUGAAAGGCCUGCUUGAGGCGAUUCUCGCGCGACUCCGGCUGUCCGAAACAUCACUGGCAAAGCUUCAGAGCGACGGAGUGCUGCGGAGUCUUCGCGACAAGGAGGCGGGCUUGGUGGCUCGCGUCGAGAAGCUUGAGAUUGAGGUUGAUGCGCUUCUUAACGAUGAGAUGCUGGGAUCGGGCUGUCUAAGCCCGAGAUCACAACGUUGGGAGGAUCGCUUCAACGAUAUGCAAAAAGGGCUUAGCCGCUGUGAGUCUCGCGCGCAAGAAGCAGAUGGCUUCAUGCGGCAGAUGCACGAGGCGACUCAGCAGAAUGCUCAUGACCUGGAGCUGCUCCAGGCCCGACUGAAUGGUUUGGGCCGAUCUGUGGACACGCGCUUCGCUGAGACGGGUUGCCAGAUAGAAGAGCUCAGCCAGGUUACGGAAGAGCACGGAGCUGACAUCCAGGACCUGAAAGUCAAGAUGCAAGAGGCUCUCAACUCGAUCCAGAAGCUGGAUUCACAGAACAUGAAGGAGGAGCUGGACGCAGCGGUGCGCAGACUGGAAAAUAGGCUCUUCGACGAAAUGCAGGAGUUGGCCGCUGAGCUCCGGGAGAAGCAGCAGCGCAUACAGCAGGAGUUGGACAAAGUCGUAUCCAGAUUCAGGACACAGUUGAAUGGCCUUGUGGAUUCAGCCUUGGAGAAUCUGCGGCACAGCCUGGGACAGAAGGUUCUCAUGCUGGAUGUCAAUGACGAAGCUGUAGCAGCCGGGACAACCAGGCAUUGCAUCUCAUGCUUCAAAGAUCGUUCCCAGUCUCCGUGUCGCGGAAGGAUUGGCAGCGAUGGCCACGUGUACCAUCACGCAGAAGAGGUCAGCGUGAUCAAGGAGAGUGAGGAGGCUGAAGCCGUGGAACGGCCGACUUCGGCAAAGAGGUAUGGCAUAAGUACUGCCGUCGCAGCGCGAGAAUAUUCCAGCAGAUCUGGCCGUCCGUCCCCUCGACCAACUUCUAGCAGAG